GACAAUUAACUAUUCCUUCAAUUGGCAUAUUGUGUGAAUGUUUGUUGAUUGCCCUAGUUUGUGCAUUAAUUAAAAGGAUUACUUUUAACCAUGGAUCCAAUAAUGGACGUAAUUAAAAACUCUGAAGAACCUGAAUGGCUUGAAAAACGCAUAAUUGGUGACCUUAGGCUCUGGCAGAUGGUAUUUCUUUGUUUAGCUGGUGUUGCGUCUCUUAUUGUAAUGGUGUGUUGUUGUUUCCGCUUCCGUAUUCCGCGCACUAAGCAACAAAUAGAAGCAGAUUACCAACGCCGGAAGAUCACCUCCAAGUUCAGACAGCAACUAGAAACAAUCCAGGACGCUAAAAUGGACUCCAUGUCAUUAAAAGAUGCUCUAGACUUGCUACACGAAAAAAGUGCUCACAACAUGGACAAUAACAACCAAAGGAUAUCACAGCAGAGCUCUAUUAUGUCGCCACAACAGAGUUCAUUAGACGCAUCUUUCCAACCGGAGGGCGGACAAAAACCCGAACCACAAGUGUCAGGCAAUAAUUUUGCAAGGAUUGCUAACAAAGUGGCUAACUUGACGAAGUUCAACCAACCCAAGUCACCGACAUCGCCAACUCCGUCCGGAAAUAAAAUGGAUUUUUGAAAUGUUUAGUUUUCAAUGACAACAAUAGAUAAAUAUUAAGAAUAUAAAUAGUUGAUAAGUUUUGACUUUGUGCAAAAAUAUAUGGUGUAUUUAAAUAAUUAAUAUAAAAAUUAGGACGCCUGAAAAUUGUAAUAAAUUUGUAUAAAUUAUGGAUUAUUUCAGAAUCUCGCUAUUAUUGAUUACAUAUUCUCCGGUGUGUAGUAGUAGUAAUUGUAGAAAGGUUAAUAAUUAAUUUCCUUAUUUGUCAUUCAUAUAACUGGAAAUGUAUGUGUUAUACUGAAAUAAAAAAAUAUGCAGUAA